CCGGCGCUAAGCGCGGAGGCGGCGGCGGCGGCGGCGGACGAGGACGGCGGGCCCAGCCCGCGGAGGGCAGACACGGAGCGGAGAGCGGCGCGCAGCGACGCCGCGGCGGCGCGGCGGGGCCGCGGGGUUCGGAAAAUGAAGUCCUCAAUACAGUCUGAAGAGGAUGAUUUUGUUCCAGAGCUACACAGAAAUGUACACCCCCGAGAGAGGCCUGAUUGGGAAGAAACACUUAGUGCAAUGGCAAGAGGAGCAGAUGUCCCAGAGAUCCCUGGAGAUCUUACUCUUAAAGCAUGUGGCAAUACAGCGAGUAUGAAAGUUAAGCAUGUGAAGAAGUCCAGCACUCCCGGACUGAUGGGCUGUGACAACAUUCACAGGUUACCCUUCACCAAGGGACACUUUCCAAAGAUGGCUGAAUGUGCACAUUUUCAUUAUGAGAACGUGGAAUUUGGCAGUAUACAGCUUUCACUAUCAGAAGAGCAGAAUGAAGUAAUGAAAAACGGCUGUGAAUCUAAAGAGCUGGUCUACCUCGUGCAGAUUGCCUGUCAGGGCAAAAGUUGGAUUGUUAAAAGAAGUUAUGAAGACUUCCGAGUACUUGAUAAACAUCUUCAUCUCUGCAUUUAUGACCGUCGAUUCUCUCAGCUCUCAGAGCUUCCUCGAUCUGACAUGCUGAAGGACAGUCCUGAGUCAGUUACUCAGAUGCUUAUGGCUUACCUGUCACGCCUCUCAACUAUUGCUGGCAACAAGAUCAACUGUGGGCCUGCCCUUACCUGGAUGGAGAUUGACAAUAAGGGAAAUCAUCUUCUAGUUCAUGAGGAGUCGUCCAUCAACACUCCUGCUGUUGGUGCUGCCCAUGUUAUCAAGCGGUACACUGCUCGGGCCCCUGAUGAACUGACCUUAGAGGUGGGAGACAUCGUUUCUGUUAUUGACAUGCCUCCCAAAGUAUUAAGUACGUGGUGGAGAGGCAAGCAUGGAUUUCAGGUGGGACUCUUCCCUGGUCAUUGUGUCGAGUUAAUUAACCAGAAAGUUCCCCAGUCAGUGACCAACUCAGUGCCAAAACCAGUGUCUAAAAAGCACGGCAAGCUCAUUACUUUCUUACGAACAUUCAUGAAGUCUCGCCCAACAAAGCAGAAGCUGAAGCAGCGGGGAAUCUUGAAAGAGAGAGUGUUUGGUUGUGACCUGGGGGAGCACCUUCUGAAUUCUGGAUUUGAAGUGCCCCAGGUACUUCAAAGCUGCACAGCAUUCAUCGAGAGAUAUGGCAUUGUGGAUGGCAUAUAUCGUCUCUCUGGAGUUGCCUCCAAUAUCCAGAGACUUCGUCAUGAAUUUGAUUCUGAGCAUGUCCCCGACCUGACAAAAGAACCUUAUGUUCAAGACAUCCAUUCUGUGGGCUCCCUCUGUAAGCUGUACUUCCGAGAGCUCCCAAACCCGCUGCUUACCUACCAGCUGUAUGAGAAAUUCUCUGAUGCUGUUUCAGCAGCAACAGAUGAAGAGCGAUUAAUAAAAAUCCAUGAUGUCAUCCAGCAGCUCCCCCCACCACACUACAGAACACUGGAGUUCCUGAUGAGACACUUGUCUCUUCUAGCGGACUAUUGUUCAAUCACAAAUAUGCAUGCAAAAAACCUUGCCAUUGUCUGGGCACCAAACCUGCUGAGAUCAAAGCAGAUAGAGUCGGCCUGCUUCAGUGGGACGGCAGCUUUCAUGGAAGUGAGAAUUCAGUCUGUGGUUGUUGAGUUCAUCCUCAAUCAUGUAGAUGUGCUCUUCAGUGGCAAAAUCAGUGCUGUCAUGCAGGAAGGGGCAGCCUCUCUGUCGCGGCCCAAGUCCUUGCUGGUCUCUUCUCCAUCUACCAAGCUGCUGACAUUGGAAGAAGCCCAGGCAAGAACACAGGCUCAGGUCAAUUCUCCCAUCGUGACUGAAAAUAAGUACAUCGAAGUGGGAGAGGGGCCUGCUGCACUUCAAGGGAAGUUUCAUACCAUAAUUGAGUUCCCACUUGAAAGAAAGCGGCCUCAGAAUAAGAUGAAAAAGUCUCCUGUGGGCAGCUGGCGCUCCUUUUUCAAUCUGGGGAAGUCAUCCUCUGUCUCCAAACGCAAGCUGCAGCGUAAUGAGAGUGAGCCCUCGGAGAUGAAAGCCAUGGCUUUGAAAGGUGGCAGAGCAGAAGGAACCCUCCGCUCAGCUAAAAGUGAGGAGUCUCUUACUUCUCUCCAUGCAGUUGAUGGUGAUUCCAAGUUGUUCCGACCUAGAAGACCCAGAUCGAGCAGUGAUGCGCUCUCUGCCUCUUUCAAUGGAGAAAUGCUGGGGAACCGCUGCAAUUCCUAUGAUAAUCUGCCCCACGACAAUGAGAGUGAAGAGGAAGUGGGGCUGCUCCACAUUCCAGCUCUUGUGUCUCCUCAUUCUGCUGAGGACGUUGACUUGAGUCCACCAGACAUUGGAGUGGCCAGUCUGGAUUUUGAUCCGAUGUCAUUUCAGUGUAGUCCUCCGAAAGCUGAGUCAGAGUGUCUGGAGAGCGGUGCUUCCUUUCUGGAUUCAUUAGGGUUUGCCAGGGAUAAACCGAGCACCAGUAAGAAGGAUGCAGAAGCAGGUGGUAGCCAGUCACAGACUCCAGGCAGCACUGCCAGUUCUGAACCUGUGUCACCGGUUCAGGAGAAACUGAGUCCGUUCUUCACCCUGGACUUGAGUCCAACUGAAGACAAGUCUUCUAAGCCAUCUUCAUUUACGGAAAAGGUCGUUUAUGCUUUCUCUCCGAAGAUCGGACGGAAGCUUAGCAAAUCUCCUUCCAUGAACAUAUCUGAGCCCAUUUCAGUGACUCUUCCAGCUCGGGUGUCCGAAGUCAUUGGCACUGUCUCCAGCACUGUAGCUCAGAAUGCAUCACCUCCGUCUUGGGACAAAAGUGUGGACGAAAGAGAUGUCUUAAAUAGAUCCCCCACCCAGAUAGGAAAGAUGAAAGGAAGUGAGAGAGAGGCCCAGGAAGGAUGUGAACCUGCAGUGCAGCCCCUGGAGCAGGGGCCAGCUGAAGAAGUAGAAUUGCCAGGGACAGAGGAGCUGCCUGUCUCGAGCAGUCAGAGCAAGGCUGUACCUUCUGGACAGAGUCAGACAGGAGCAGUUACCCAUGACCCCCCUCAAGAUCCCGUUCCUGUCAGUUCAGUCUCUCUUAUCCCACCACCACCGCCUCCGAAAAAUGUCGCCCGAAUGUUGGCACUAGCGUUAGCUGAGUCCGCACAGCAAGCCUCAACUCAGACACUGAAGAGACCAGGGACUUCCCAGGCUGGGUGUCCUAGUUAUGGAGACAUGGCAGUGGUUACACCUGAAGAGAGACUGCCCAGUUCUUACUCUAGUGUUACUCUAGAUAAAACCUGUCUCCAAACGGGCCGACCCGCAGAGCACGUCCACCUGCAGCUCAACGGACUCGGAAAUUGCGACCAGCCUCUCCCAGAGACAGCAGCUAUGGCAGACCCCACCCAUUCUAACCCAGCUGACUCUGGGGAGCAGCUCCACCAAGUGGACCUAAUAGGGAAUCUGCUCCAUCGAAACCAGUUAUCUGGGGACCCAGAAAAGGCUAGCAGCACAUCAGCUCCCUUAACAGACUCCGAGAAGUCUGAUGAUCAUGGAAGUUUCCCCGAAGACCAGGCUGGGAAGACCAGCAAGCUCACUGUCUCCUUUGUGGAGCAGGACCAGGCUCUGCUUCAUUUCUCCACUGGAGAUCAGCCCCCCUCUUUCGGUACCAGUGUGGAUAAACCCCAUCAUUCCUCAGAACUUACAGACAAAUCUCCCAUGCCUUCUACUCUGCCUAGGGACAAAAGCCACCCUCUUUCUGGGUCCCCUGAAGAGAAUACCUGCACAGCCACUGUGGCUUAUAUGAUGGCAGCUCCAACAAGAGCGGAAACAAGCGCCAGCGACGCCAGCAGGGUCCUGGCUGAACAGCCGACAGCUGCGGACUUUGUGGCCGCCACCCUUCAGCGCGCUCACAGAGCUAACCGUCCCCUCCCCCCACCGCCUUCCCAGAGGCCAGCAGAGCAACCAUCAGUCUUGGGGCAGGUACAAGAAGCACCAAGUGUAGGACUGAAUAAUUGCCACAAGCAGGUGCAAGGAGUAGCUCCAACUCCAGAGAGGCCACCUGAGCCUCAGACCGUGAGUGAUCCUGCAUCCAUCUUUAUCAGCGAUGGCAGUGCAGCUGCCCAGUGUCCCAUGGCUGCCUCUGCUCCCCAACCAGGACUGCCUGAGAAGGUGCGGGAAGGCACCAGGGCCCCCCUGCUCCACCUGCGUGCUGAGUCUUUUCCUGGCCAUCCCUGUGGCUUUGCUGCCCCGAUUCCCCCCACAAGGACAGUGGAAAGCAAGAUGGCUGCUGCCAUGCAUGCCACCACUGCAGAUGCCAACAGCAGUUCAAAUUACCACUCCUUUGUCCCAUCCUCAGCCUCAAUGGAUGAAGGAUUGCCUCUGCCGCUCCCCAUCUCACAGCCUAAGCACGCUUCUCAGAAGACAGCCUGUUCCUCUUUUGCUAGACCUGAUAUCACCACUGAGCCCUUGGGUCCAGAAAACUGUUUGCAUUUCAUAUGA